AUGAAAAGAGUAGAGUCGACCCAACGUUCAGAGCGGAAACGCCGACGCAUUUUGAUGUUGCCAAUCAAUUUCUAUCACAUUCUCGUCGACUCCAAUACAAUGUCCCACAACUAUAACCUGUUUGUCGCGUGCCAUUGGUUUGCCAUUUACAAUCCGUUUAUCUAUUGUUGGCUUAACAGCACAUUUAGGAUUGAAGUGAAGAAAUUGUAUUCAUAUCUCAAUAAUUGUUUGCGAUUUAACUUCAAAACGACAGCAAAUGUCUAUCAACUCGAGACCAUAGGAGCCGACGGGAGGACAGGUGUCGGCGGCGGAGGUAUAAGCGGUUCGUCGCCAAAGAAUCUGAGACUGGCUUUGGAUGUGAAGUGUGUUGAGACAAAUGGCGACAAUAUUGUGACCACCAGUUCGUCGGUACCCAACAGUCAGCACACAAUCAGUCAUAACAACAACAAUGGCAUUAAUAAUAAUGUGUUUUUUGAAUCUGUGGUCACUCGCAGUCAUACAAACGUGGAUGUGAUUGAAUCUUAA